GAGCCCAAACAUAAAACGCCAUCAAAAAUUCCCAAUCGAUACCCUUUUUUCUAGACAAUCGAAGCAUCGGUUCGAUGCGAAUGUUAACCAUCAGUAGACUCCGAUUACAAGCAGCAACAAUGUCAAGCGCGACAAUGUUAUCGCCUGUUAAAUCGUAUUCUUCGUCGUCACCAAUUGUCUUUAGAAAAACGCUUAAUAGUAAGCAUGCACUUACUAAUGGAGCUGGACUUAUCAACCGGAAUCGCGUCGUGUUUUCUCCUCGAUUUUCCGGCGCCGCUGUUUCUCUCCGAUGCUACGCUUCUUCUGCGGUGUUUGAUCGAGUUAAGGUUCAAAAUCCAAUCGUUGAAAUGGACGGUGAUGAAAUGACAAGGGUCAUUUGGAAGAUGAUAAAAGAUAAGCUUAUAACUCCUUAUCUGGAUUUGGACAUUAAGUACUUCGAUUUGGGAAUAUUGAAUCGUGAUGCUACUGAUGAUAAAGUCACUAUAGAAAGUGCAGAGGCGACUCUUAAGUACAAUGUUGCUGUAAAAUGUGCUACAAUUACCCCCGAUGAGACCAGAGUUAAAGAAUUUGGCUUGAAGUCCAUGUGGAGGAGUCCAAAUGGGACUAUAAGAAACAUCUUAAAUGGCACUGUAUUCCGUGAACCUAUUCUGUGCAAGAAUAUUCCAAGAAUUAUUACUGGCUGGAAGAAACCUAUUUGCAUCGGCAGACAUGCCUUUGGUGAUCAAUAUCGUGCCGUAGAUGCCAUUAUCAAAGGACCAGGAAAGCUUAAAAUGAUUUUUGUUCCAGAGGAUGGUGAGACUCCAAUGGAACUUGAUGUGUAUGAUUUCAAGGGCCCUGGUGUAGCACUUGCUAUGUAUAAUGUUGACCAGUCUAUUCGAGCUUUUGCCGAGUCAUCAAUGUCAUUGGCCUUCGCAAAGAAGUGGCCUCUUUACUUGAGCACCAAAAACACUAUUUUGAAGAAAUAUGAUGGCAGGUUUAAGGAUAUAUUCCAAGAGGUAUAUGAAGAGAAGUGGAAGCAGAUAUUUGAAGAACAUUCGAUAUGGUACGAGCACCGUUUAAUUGAUGACAUGGUUGCUUAUGCUGUAAAGAGUGAUGGUGGUUAUGUCUGGGCCUGCAAAAAUUAUGACGGUGAUGUCCAAAGUGAUUUACUUGCUCAAGGAUUUGGCUCAUUGGGCCUCAUGACAUCUGUGUUGUUAUCAUCCGAUGGAAAGACACUAGAAGCUGAGGCAGCUCAUGGGACUGUAACUCGUCAUUUUCGGUUUUACCAGAAAGGACAAGAAACUAGCACGAACAGUAUUGCUUCAAUAUUUGCAUGGACACGAGGUUUAGAACAUAGGGCCAAAUUGGAUAAGAACGAAGGGCUGCUGGAUUUCGUACACAAGUUGGAGGGAUCAUGCAUAGAAACAGUAGAAGCAGGAAAAAUGACAAAGGAUCUUGCUAUUUUGAUGCAUGGCUCUAAGGUGUCGAGAGAAUUUUACUUGAACACAGAAGAAUUUAUUGAUGCUGUUGCUCAGAAUCUAGAGUCAAAGCUUCGGCAACCUGCAGCUGUGUGACAAAGCUUCCUGUUGUUAUGUGUAAUCAUAAUUAUUUAUUUGCAUUGUGUUCCCAUUUGGUACAAUUUUUUGGCAGAUAAAUGUAGUUUGUUAAACUAAUUUGACCUUCAAUUAUAACACCGGUAUGUAAUAAAGCAAAAAUUGGCAAUGCCAAAAGUUGUAUGCGGAACUUGGCUAUGUUUACAUGCUGAUUGAAGGUUGGUACUAAUGUAAUUUUUGCAAUGCAAAAAACUUUCCGAUUCAAAAUA